AUGCUCAAGCGACAGCGACCAGCGUCGCCCCCGAUCCCCUCGUCCAGUGUGCCUGUGGUCAGCGACACCCCCGCAGAUUUGAUUGAACGACACACAAAGCGCAGACGCACUCUUCCGCCUGUGCUCGACGGUUCUCAUCGUGGCUGGGCCACGGAGCCGCGGACAAGCGCGGAUGACGAGGACGAAUAUUACUCGGACGAUGAGGAAGAUGAACAGGAGUCCGACUUUCAAAGGCAACAACAACAGCUACAGUCGGAAUACAAAUCAACGAAUAAUAUGCUUCGCGAGCUGCAUACCCUACACCAACAUAGACUUUUGUUUUCACCGCAAGCUACCUCUGAUACUAGAGCUUCACCUCUGACUGUGAUCAAGCCUUACCAACACCAACAGCUGCUGCAGAGCCCAAUCAAGGGUCUGAUGCCACACCUUUCAGAGAGAUUACAAACACCGCAGCAACAGCUUACAUCCACAUCUACGCCCGCCAGGAUCGACAGCACGAAACGUACACACACAGACCCGCUCUCAGAAGAGCUCACCCGUGUAUCCGAACGAUAUGAAAGCACAAACAGGCUCCUAGGCUCCUGCUUUUUAUCGCGCAGACGGGCAUUGGGUGACUCGUCGGAUGAGAUGGCCGGUACUUGA